UGUUACACACAACCAUUAGUGCUGUCACUGUGAAAAGGGCUGAAUAAGUGUUCAAUGGUUAAAGCUUAAUGAAGCAGGAUAAGUUUAAUUAAAGAAAGCUGUGACGUCUGUCUUCACGUAAUCACAGUGUUCAGUGCUCUCCGUAUCACAUAUCCAGAAAACAGCCGAGUGUGAAGCUUCCCUUUUCUAAUUGUUGAGUUUAUCUGUAGGUCUCUGCUUCGGUGACAAAUGAACACGUCACAUAAUAUAACAGAAUCAGAGGAGAAUUACUGGUCCAGAAUUGAGAAGUCUAUUCUCGCUCCCAUCCUCACCACUGAGAUGGUACUGGGUGUUUUGGGAAAUGGACUGGUUUUGAUAGUUAAAUUAGUGUGUAAAGGCCAUUUUCAGUGUCUUUACUGGCUGCCACUUUUUAGUCUCACGCUCUCAGAUUUCUUCUGCUCCAUCCUCAUAAUCUGUGGCUCCCUCUUAGCUGUGCUGAGUGACGGUCAGAUUUCACCGUGGUGUGAGGUGGUGAGCCUGCUAAAGUUCACCUUCAUCACCUCUUCCAUUGGAAGCAUAGCUAUUCUCUGUGUUCAAAGAUUUAUGGGCAUUCCUUCCAAAGGCAAAAGACUGUCUGUUGUCAUGGCAGUUGCAUGUGUGGCAUCAUGGUGCACUGGAGCUGUAUUUGGAGCAGUGCCAGUAGCCUAUGAGUGGAUACGAUAUGAUCCAGCUGAAAUGCUGUGUGCAGUGUUCUGGGAGAGCAGUUACUCUGACAUGCUGGUUUACAUCCUCUGUGCCUUCUCCAUCUCCAUCUUCGUCCCAUUCCUCCUAAUACUCUGCUGCUCCAUCCUGACUUGUGCAGGCUUUGGGAAAAAAUGUUCCAGCCAGGAUGACCUGUCCUCUAUCACGCCACUGCUGGUGAUCUUAUAUCUGUUCUGCUAUGCUCCAUUUGCUGCAUCUGAGUUGGUUCUCCUUGGACGGCUUGAUCUGACCCCUUCCCCUGAGUGGCUGAGAUCACUAUCAUCAGUAAUGGCAUAUCUGGACUGUUGUUUAAACCCAUUCAUCUACUGCACAAAUAAAGACUUCAGAAAAGCAGUACUCAUACUUGUGUGGAACAAAAGAAGAUCAACUUCUCCAGAGCCAGUACUGACUGGCAUUACAAGGCUUGAAUUAUGA